AGAAAAUUUAGUAUACUUCCAACAGUGAAUCGUGUACUUGAUUACUGAUCGUACAAUGUUUCUGAUUUUAAUAUUACUCGCUCUUUGCCUGUUUGUUUACUUUGCGCUAAUUAAACCUGUCCAACAUUGGACGAGGAGAGGCGUGGUUCAGCUUAGCGUUGGAAGACAGUGGUGGGAAAAUGUGAAGAUGAUUAUGCAGCUCACGCCGAUGUCGGAUAUCUAUAGGUUGAUGUACGACGCCUUUCCCGAUGUCAGAUAUGCUGGAGUGUACCUACUAACGAGUCCGCUGUUGGUAAUCAAAGACCCUGAACUGAUCAAGCAAAUCACCGUCAAGGAUUUCGAGUACUUUGUCGAUCAUAGUAGGUAUCUUCCCGACGAAAGCGAACCUCUAUGGGGCAAAAAUCUGUUUGCUCUUAAAGGUGAGAGGUGGAAGGAAAUGCGAGCAACUCUAAGUCCCGCGUUUACCAGCAGUAAAAUGAAAACCAUGUUUUUUCAAGUUUUAUCGAACUGUAGCCAGAGGUUCGUAAAUCAUUUCAGAGUGGAAGGUUCCACCGACACGGUGAAAGUGGAACUCAAGGAUGUUUUCACGAGGUUUACCAACGACGCUAUUGCGUCCUCGUCGUUUGGCGUCGAAUGCGAUUCCCUAAAAGAGCCCGACAACGAGUUCUAUCAAAUUGGUCAGGAGGCGACGACUUACCGCGGAUUUUGGAAAAAUCUGAAGGUCAUCAUAAUUAGUUUCUUACCAAAAUUGGCUCUUUUUUUUGGAAUUCGUCUAUUUACCAACAACGUUAAUGCCUUCUUUCGAAAUCUUGUGGUUACUAACAUCGCGGUGCGCGAAAAGGAUGGAAUCGUGCGACCUGACAUGAUUCACCUUCUGAUGGAGGCGAGAAAAGGACGACUAAAGCAUGAGCGGUCGAACGAUGUAAUCGACUCAGGAUACGCCGUCAUUGAAGAAUCUAAAAUUGGAAAGGAAGAGCAUAGGCAAAAGUUGAAUUUGAGUGAUGAUGAUGUGACCGCCCAAGCUAUGGUUUUUUUCAACGCCGGGUUCGAGUCGGUUGCCGCUUUUAUGUGCUUUAUCGCAUACGAGCUUGCAGUUAAUCCGUAUAUACAAGAAAGGUUACGGGAAGAAGUCGACAAUGUUUUGAGGGAAGGAAACGGAACAUUAACGUAUGAAAGUCUAAUGCAGAUGGAGUACAUGGAUAUGGUGCUAACGGAGGCCUUACGCAAGUGGCCAACUCCUACAUCAAUAGAUCGGAAGUGCGUCAAACCGUAUACGAUUCCACCUAAAAGGGAGGGUGAAAAACCAGUUCAUCUGAAAAAGGGGGACAUGGUUAUUAUGGUUAUGUACGGAAUGCAGCUGGACGAAAAGUACUAUCCCGAUCCCGACCGUUUCGAUCCCGAAAGGUUCAGCAAAGAAAAUCGAAAGAAUAUCGUACCUUACACUUAUGUGCCGUUUGGUGUUGGACCGCGCAGCUGCAUUGGAAACCGGUUAGCCCUACUCGAAGCUAAGGUGUUAUUUUUUUACAUUUUGAGAUACUUCGAAAUAGUCGUGGUUAAAGAAUCGGUAGUACCAAUAAAAAUAUCACGAAAAAUAAUGAAACUAAAUCCAGAGAAAGGGUUUUGGUUCGGCCUGAAGCCCCGAACGGUUCAUUACUAAAUGUAUCAAUUAAUAGAGUAAAUAGAAAUAAGUCAUUAACGCAAAAUAAAGUACUAUCUAUGUA